CACAAGCCAGUUACGAUGCCCCCCUCCCGCAAGCUCAUCUCCUCCGGCUCCCCGUUCGAGGCUCGGAUCGGGUACUCCCGAGCUGUAGUCCAGGGUGACAUGGUUUUUGUAUCUGGAUGCACUGGCUACGACUACAAAACAGGCCUCAUCUCCCCCAACGUCGUCGACCAAGCAGAGCAAACCUUUCAAAACAUCGCCGCUGCCUUGGCCGAAGCGGGCGCUGGGAUGCAGGAUGUUGUGAGAGUGAGAUACAUCCUGCCAGACAGGAAAGACUUUGAAAGCACCUGGCCUGUGCUCCAAAAGUGGCUGGGCAAUGUGAGACCUGCCGCUACCAUGAUCCAGGCUGGGUUGAUGGAGGAGGUGAUGAAGAUUGAAGUUGAAGUCACCGCCAAAGUGGACAGGUAAAGACGUAGCUAGCAGAGCGCAUUAAACCAAAAGAAUUACGGAAAAGUCCAUGCCCAAGUCCAUCCGAAAACUCCAAGCUCUUUCCUACAAAUGGGUAUCGUCAUUACGU